AUGGGCAUUAACCUGACGGCGAACCCUCGCCUGCGGAUGCUGUACGUGGUGUGGGGGUUUAUCGAAAUUCUGCUGUUCGGCGGUCUCAUCUUCGGCUGGGGCUCCCUCGUCUACGUCCUCAAAGACGAGGGCAUCUACGCCUACCUCUGCGACUGCACCGACAACUGCACCUUCGGCAACAGCAAGACCACGUCCACGACGACGACGUCUCCAGUUACUGCGACGAACCUGACUCCAACGACCAGCGGUGACGUCAAAGGGAAAGGGUGUAAAGAGCAGGACUCGAUGCUCUCGCUGGUGUUCACGGUGGCGUCGUUGUUCUUCUGUGUGGGAAGCGCCGUCAUGGGACACAUCAACUACAAGUUUGGAACGAGAGUCACUCGCAUCUGUGCUUCGUAA